ACGUCGCUCAGUCUCUUCAGUACAGCCGUCGACUGCGGUGCUUUUAGUUGGUGUCUGUUCUCUAUUCUGUUUUGAUCGGUUCGUUUAUCGUGCUCUCUUGCUGAAGGCCACAGAGGAACCGCAUAGUAUACAUAUAUAUUUAUACAUAAAUAUCCCCAACAAUGGCGGCCAAAAACGGUGAUUCCAAAAUGUCUCAACAAGGACCCGCCUUCGAUUCGAACGCGAUGACGCUGACGCGUUUCGUGUUGCAUGAACAGCGCAAGUUCAAGGAUGCCACCGGAGAUCUGACCCAGCUGCUCAAUUCCAUACAGACCGCAAUCAAGGCGACGGCGUCGGCGGUGCGCAAGGCGGGCAUUGCCAAGCUCCAUGGCAUUGCUGGGGAUGUGAAUGUGCAAGGCGAGGAGGUGAAGAAAUUGGAUGUGUUGUCCAAUGAGCUGUUCAUCAACAUGCUGAGAUCGUCGUACACCACUUGCCUGUUGGUGUCCGAGGAGAACGAGAACGUUAUUGAGGUGGAAACACAGUGUCAGGGCAAAUAUAUUGUUUGUUUCGAUCCCUUGGAUGGUUCGUCCAACAUUGACUGUCUGGUGUCCAUUGGCUCCAUCUUUGCCAUCUAUCGCAAGAAGAGCGAAGGCGCGCCCACUGUGCAGGAUGCUCUGCAGCCAGGCAAUCAGCUGGUGGCCGCUGGCUACGCACUUUACGGUUCCGCCACAGCCAUCGUCUUGGGCCUGGGAACUAGCGUCAAUGGUUUCACCUAUGAUCCGGCCAUUGGUGAAUUCAUCCUAACUGAUCCCAAUAUGCGUGUGCCCGAGAAGGGCAAGAUCUAUUCCAUCAACGAGGGCUAUGCCAGCGACUGGGAUGCUGGUGUCUUCAAUUACAUUGCUGCCAAGAAGGAUCCCACCAAGGGAAAACCCUACGGAGCCCGUUAUGUAGGCUCCAUGGUGGCUGAUGUGCAUCGUACAAUCAAAUACGGCGGCAUCUUCAUCUACCCAGCCACCAAGGCAGCGCCCAAUGGCAAAUUGCGUCUGCUGUACGAGUGCAAUCCCAUGGCUUACCUCAUGAUCCUCGCCGGCGGUCUGGCCAGCAAUGGUAAGAUCAGUAUACUCGACAUUGUGCCACAGAAGAUUCACGAACGCAGUCCCAUUGUGCUUGGCUCCAAGGGCGAUGUCGAGGAGGCGCUCAGCUAUAUGAAGUGAUUUCUAAUUUAAUAAAUUCUUAAUAAAUGUUUUUU